AUGUCUAACCCUACAAAUGAAAAUACAGAUGUCAACAAAUUAAUUGAGGAAAGGAACGAAUGGAUAAAGAAGUAUAAGACAAUUGAAUCUGAAUGUUUAGAGUUGAGAGAUAAGCUGGAAAAAGUCACUCCGAAUAGUUGUGACAAAAAUGAAGACUUGUAUAGAAACUAUUCAACAUCCCAGAGGGACAUUUCGAUGAAGUACAAAUAUAUGGAAAACCAGUGUGAACUUCUGAGCACCAAGCUGAAAAUCACCACACUCGAGAAGGAAAAAGAAACACAGAAAAAUAAAGAUUUACAAAUUAUAAUUAACAAACAGAAGAACGAAAUAAAUGGAUACCAGAAAAUUUUAGAAAAACUAAAAAAUAUGAAUGUUUCCUUUAGAAAGGAGAAAAAUGAAGCUGAAAAAAAAAUUUGUUCCAUUAUAGGAAACGAUUUAUUGACAAGAAAUGAUAAUGUACUUCUAAAAGAAAUAGUACUAAUAAAUGACAAAUUAAUAGAUGUAAAUAACAAAAUAAGAGAAAAUGUUAAAGAGGACCUAGAAAAGGCUAAAAGUAAAUUGUCCGUGGCUCAUGACAAAAUUAAGCGAUUCUCCGAUGCACUUAGUGAUAUGAAGGAAAAUUUUACGAAAUACAAAAAAAAAAAAGAAAAGUUUUUGCUAGAAAUUCUAACAAUCAAUAAACAACUAAAGGAAGAAUUAAAAAAAAAAAAAUUAAUAGAAAAAUACAACAUAGAGUGCAAGAAACAGUUCGAAGAAUUUAGUGCAUCCAAUGUUUUAUUAAAUUAUUACGAGGCAAAAUAUAAAAUGAACGACUUUAUCCUGCACGUUAUGUUACAUUAUGUCAUCUCUAUUCUUAAUUCUCUGCAUAUGCAACACAAAAAUAAGGAUGAUUUUAACAGUUCCAAUGGAAGGAGUAAAAAUUAUUCGCUUUUGUGCACUUUGCUCAACACGCACGUGGGGAUGAAAAAAAAGGAAUCAGAAAAAUACGAUAAUUCGGAGAUCUACCACGAACAAAUGAAUAUACUAAAGAGAGAAAUUCUUUCAGAUAAUUUUCCUCAAAGACAGAAAAAAAAAGGAAAAAUGGUUCGAUAUGAGGACGGAGAAAUUUCUAGUGAACAUGAUGAUUCGUUAGAAAUGCUUGUAUUCACCAAUUUGAAUGCAUCAACAAAUAUUGUGCAUGGCAUAUAUUACAACAUAAGACUUGUGAAUGAAAUUUUCGAAACAGUAAAUAUAACCUUAAUUCUUCUAUUAUACAUUUAUGAUACUUACUUAAAGGAACUAAUUAACAGUAUCAACCAGGAGACAUGUUUCCAAAUGGUAGAAAAAGGAAACGUACGAUUUGGUGCAUUUUUUUUAAUAACUCUCUCUAAUUUUUUUUUAUCUGUACUAAAAUAUGUGAAUAUAAUUAAAAGUUCAAAUAGACAUGCACAUUUCUUAUUAUUGCAAAAUGAAAACAUUUUUAGCAUAUUCUGUUUAUGCAAAUAUGUACUAGAACAAUAUAUAGAAAAGAUAAAAAUUAAGCUAUUCUCAUCUACGAUUGAUUAUCACAUAUUAAACGUUUUGAAUAACAAAUUGGGAAUACUGUACGAAGAUAUAUUUAACCUCAUUAUGCAUAUAAAUGCAGGGUAUGAAGAAAAACAAAAUAUGGAAUUUUCUUCUUCUCUCGUAUCAAAAUAUGACAUCAAUCAAAGGAGAACAAAAUUGCCCAACGAUGAUGAAUCAAUAGAAACAAAAAUGAUAAAUAAAUCCUCUAAUGAAAAUACAGAUGAGGGGCUAUUCAAGGAAGAGAAUUUCCAUCACUUGUCUGAGAAUAUUACUUCACUUGAAUUACUAACCAGAUUGAAUCUUACCAUGAGUAUUAGCAUCCUGUUAAUUAUAGAUGAAGAUGUUUACUCUGCUUUAAUUCCAGAUAUAGACAUUGAUAUACAAAAGGAAAUUAUAACAAAAUGUGAAGAGUUGCUAAAAUUAGUAAAAGCUCCUCAUAAAAUAAGCAAUUUUUUUUUUCCCUUAAAAAAAUAUAAAUUUUCUUUUAAAAAUUUUAUAGUGCAUUCUGAAAAGUACCAAAAAGUGGUUAUAAAAAGAACAAAUAAUGAGAGUUCUAUCGAAGGGGUAGGAGAAACAGAGGGUUCAAUCAAUAAAAUAAGUAACAAUCUAUUAGAUGAGAUUAAUAAUAUACUGGAAGAUGCAACCAGAAUAUACUCAAUAGAUGUACAACAAGAGGGGGAGCCAUAUAUAUUUCAAAUUUGCAAUAAAUUCGUCGAUUUUUACAAAGACGAAAUGAGUAAAGAAAAACAAAACGUACAUCAACAGAAAGCUUUAGAAGAAGAGCAAGAUAAUCUCAUAAAACAGUUAAAUGAUGAAAUCACAAAGAGUAAUAGUAAAAUACACAUUCUCAACAAACAGUUAAACCUACUAACCAUAAGAGAAGAAAAAUAUAACAAAAUCAAUAUUGAUUUGAACACUUUAAAAAAAGAAAAAAAUGAAUACCUAAGUUUAAUCACAGAAUUACGGGAAAAUAAAAAUGAAAAUUUAAAUGAAAUUUCUUACCUCACAAAACAUUAUAAUGACAUGAAAAAAAAAUACAAUGACUUGUUAAAAAAUUAUGAACACAGAAAAAAGUACAUUGGAUCAAACAAACAAAUGGAACCUUCUAACAUAGAUAUCUAUUACAUGAAAAAAAUCAUAAAUCAUCUAUACUACGAAAAUUUUAUGAACAAAGUAAAUAACUAUUAUGAUUUGUAUGUCCAAACGGAGAAUAACUAUCAUAAUGAAUUAUGUAAUACCUCCACAAUCGAUGCCUUUCAACCUACACCAUUGCACACGGCAUUGGGUCAUCUACCUUUUGGACAAUACGCACAGAAGCGAGAGGACAUAAGUCUUGCAUGCAAAAACAAUUUCAAUCAAAAAGAAUCAUUUAAAGAUGAUGUUUAUUUCUCCAAUGUAAAACAUGCAACCUUAUAUGAUGAUAUAUACAACUGUGAAUUAAUCAAAGGUCGAAUUAAUAGAAAGAAAAAAGACUAUUUUAAAAGCAAAUUAUAUCAAAAUAACACCACCUUACAAAAAAUACCUACUAGUAACAAAAAAGAAAAAUAUAUGGAACAAAUAAUAGACAUAAUAGAAGAAUAUAAAAAUUUAAAAAAUGAAAUAUUCAGCCAAAUGAUAAAUAUUCCAAUUGGGAAUAAUCACAUUUUAGCCGGAGAAGAAAAAAAAAAGGAUCAACAAAAUUGGAUACGCCUCACUCAAAAAUUAGCUCAACUCAAAUAUGCCUUAAAAAAAUUUCAUACCGAAAAUGAUUUAACAUUGUUAAAUGGGGAUCCUUCACAUUCUGCACAAAAUGUACUCAGUAUUUCCUUUCAAGAGGAAUCCAACAGUUCGUGCAACACAAUAAAUCAGACUAAUCAUAUAUUUACAGAUUUGCACAAUCCAACUAAACUUAACGAAUACCAAAGCUGCAACAAAGUUGUAUUAAGUGAACAGUCCUUUUCUCACUUACUUCAAAAUAUGUUCCAUUUAUAA